CCCCCACGCCACCCUCCACGGCGGCGACAGGCGUCAUUGUACGGAUGUCUCCCCCUCCCUAGCCUCCCCUUCCCCGUCAAAUUAUUCGAGCUUUUCCAGUAAAACCACCACCGCAAACGCACCUCGAUGCCUCGUGCUCCAUAGCCAUCCAUAGAUAUAGCCCCCCCCCCACCCCCAAUUCGUUUCCACCGCCACUUUCCCACUCCGAGUUCUCCCCGCCGCGGCGGCCGCGCAAUCCCAACCAUUCUGCGCGCGGCGGCGGGUCCUGGUCGCGGCUUGAGCUGUGAGUGGAGCGGCGCGGGGAGGAUCACAGCAUGCGGUUGGGUUUUCACCGUGGGUUGGGAGGAGGACUUGCGCGCGCAUCGCGACGAGCAGCCCCCCGCUGGCACCCACACCCGCAGCCCACCAAAAGGCGAAGAUUCUCACGCUUGCUCGCUUCCCGUCCCCUCCACCACCUCCCGUAGCCGGUAGUAGCCCCUCCAGAUCUGCUCGCCUCCGCGCCCGGCGCCCCCUAGAUUCGCCCCCGCCGCCAUGCGGUUGCUGCGGCUGUGACUGGACUGGGCGAAGGGGAACGAGCAACAAGGAAUAAAAAGUCGGAUUUUUUAUUUUUUAUUUUUGCUGCGGGAGUCCGAUGGGGUGCGGCCAGUCGAAGAUGGAGGAGGAGGACGCGGUGCGGCACUGCCGGGAGCGCUCAGAGCUGCUGGCGCUGGCCAUCCGCCACCGCUACACGCUCGCCGACGCGCACCGCGCCUAUGCCGAGUCGAUGCGGUCCGUCGGCGCCGUGCUGCACGACUUCCUCCGCGACGUCCAGUCGCUGCCCUCUCCGCCGCCGGAGCCCGCACUCCGACUGCCGCAGCAGCGGAAGGGGGACGGCCUUCCCGCCGCCUCACCGCCCCCCGCACCCGCAAUCGCGCCAUCCUCAUCCGCCUCUGGCCAGCCGCCGCCGCCCGUCGCCAAGCAGGUCCGCAUCGCCCCCGACGUCGAGCAUAUCCGCUUCCACUCCGACGACGACUCCGAUUCAGAGGACGGCCACAUCAAGUUCCACUCCGAUGAUGAUCCUGAACCGGCUCAGCACCGGCCGGAGGUUAUCCGGUCCGCCGGGGCAGGGGCUCCGCCACCGCCGCAGAUGGGACCACCGUACGCCCCCGGUUAUGAUCCACCGUACGUCCCCGGCCCCGGCCCUGGAUAUGGGUACGGGGCUGGUACGGGCCCUGGUCCUGACUACGGCGGUGGCGGCGGCGGCGGCGGCGGCUAUGACCCCGGCUACGGUGGCACGGGCGUGAACGGCGGCGCCUAUGAACCAGGCUAUGGCGGCAUGGGGGGAGGCGGCUAUGGCCAGAGCUAUGGUGGCAUGGGCGGCGGCGGUGGCAGCGGCAGCUAUGAGCCAGGCUACGGUGGCAUGGGCGGCUAUGGCCAGAGCUUCUUCAACAUCAGCUACGCGCGCAGCCAGCCACCUCCGCCGUCCGUCUCGCACGAGCAUCGUCUGCAGGCCACUGACGCCAGGGUCCACUACUACUCCGGCGAAGGCAGGGUGCAGCCACCCCCACGCGGCUAUGGUGGGUACCCCUACCCACCGCAGAGCUCGAGCUCUUAUAACCAGUACGCCUACGGUGGUUACUAUGGUGGUGGUGGUGCUCCACCACCGGCGGGCAUGCCCUCCUCCUCCCGUGAGGAGGCCGCGCCACCAUCACCUCCAUCUCCACCGAGGGUGUCUACCUGGGACUUUCUGAACCCGUUUGAGACUUAUGAGAGCUACUACGAGCAGCCAACUGCUGCGGCAGCUCCAUACACUCCCAGCAGGAGUUUGAAGGAUGUGCGCGAGGAGGAGGGCAUCCCAGACUUGGAGGACGAGGACAUGGAGGUAGUCAAGGAAGCUUAUGGUGAUGAGAAGCGUCCUGUGAAGGGAUACACUGGGAACGGGAAGGCAGCAAAGGAGGAGUGUAGGAGCAGUACAGGAGAUGAGCUGCCCCGCGAGUCCAAGUCAUCUGAGGCCAGCAGUAGUGGGAGCAGCUUGGAGCAUGACGUGCAUGUAGUGGAGAAGAGUGUCGUCGGAGAACAAGUUCAACGCUCGGAGCCACGGCAGCAUGCCCAUGGCCUGCCGCCCACAGGAUCGGAGAAGACAUACAUUGAUGACACUGAGGUGGUACUGGAGAUCAGGACUCAAUUUGAGCGUGUCUCAGAUUCAGCCGGCGAGGUUUCCAAGAUGCUUGAGGUCGGAAAGAUGCCUUACUAUCAGAAGAGUUCAGGUUUCAAAGUCUCCGCAAUGAUGAUUUGCGGUAUACCAACAAUGGAGGAGGAGUUCCUGCGGUUUGAAGAGGACAAGGCAAUGGGAUGCGGCAACCUUUCCUCGACGCUACAGAAAUUGUACAUGUGGGAAAAAAAGCUUCUUGAAGAAGUCAAGACUGAGGAGCAGAUGCGGGUAUUGUAUGAUAUGAAACGCAAGGAGCUGAAAAUGUUAGAUGAGAAAGGUGCAGAAGCUGAUAAGCUUGAGGCCACUGAAAUUUACAUCAGAAAGCUAUCAACAAAGAUAAGCAUAGCUAUUCAACUUGUGAACACUAUUUCAGACAAGAUCAGUAAGCUGAGAGAUGAAGAGUUAUGGCCACAAACAUGUGAGCUCAUUCAAGGGUUGAUGCGGAUGUGGAGUGUUAUGUUAGAAUGCCAUCAGAUACAGUUGCAUGCCAUAUCCCAAGCUAAAAACAUAGAUUCCAUGAUAGAUGCUGCAAAGUUCCGCGACACUCAUAUGGAACUGAUCAAACGGCUAGAGCUUCAACUAUUGGAUUGGAUUGCUUGUUUUGCUGCGUGGGUUAACGCUCAAAAGAGCUAUGUUAUUACUUUAAAUAAGUGGUUGAUGAAGGGAGUCAUUUAUGUUCCUGAGGAAACUGAUGAUGGGGCCCCUCCUUUUUCUCCUGGACGGUUAGGAGCUCCACCGAUUUUCAUCAUAUGUAAUAAUUGGGCUGCGGGUGUGGCGAGGAUAUCCGAGAAGGAAGUUGUUGAGGCAAUGCAGGCCUUUGCAUCCAAUGUUCUGGACCUUUGGGAGAGGCACAGGUCAGAGCAAAGGCAGGGUAUGAUGGCUAAUAAAGGUAUGGACCGGGACCUUAGGGUGAUGGAAAGGGAUGAGCAAUCAAUGCGCAAGGCUCUAGAAGCACAAAAUAAGAAGCUUGUGCUUAUUUCGAAUCAGAGUGGUGUAUCCUUGUCUACACAGGUGUUACAAGAGGGAGGCCCUGGUGCUGAAAUUAGUAGUUUGCAAACAAGUCUGAAGAAUAUUUUUGAAGCAAUGGAGAACUUCACUGUUGCAUCUGUAAACACCUAUAAGGAUCUCCAUCUUCGUGCUGAAGAAGAGAAAGCUCGAGUUGCCCAGGAGUGUGGCGGAGUUUCCUAGUUCCUUUCUGGGUUUUUGUUGUUACACUGACGCCAGUGGUUCCUACCAGCACAGUCACGCAUGGCAGUGGUGCAAUGCUAGUGAAACCUGAUGCACCUUGCCCAUGGAUCUGCUUCUCCCAAAUUUUGGGUUUCAGGGCUGCUGGAUAGGCCUGUGGUAGGCUUGGCGAAGCUAACAAGUUGCAGCAUGGGGAUUCUAUAAAUUAUUAUGUACAUGAAUGGAGAACAACGCUGCAUUUUCGGUAUUGGAUGAUCAGCCAUCGUCCUGCUCAAGUUGUAAUGGAGAUAACACAAUUGUGAAACUGGUAAACCACCGGACAUAUUGCUGGUUGGUGGGAGAAAGCUUAAGUGAAGAGAGAGGAAAUGCUUAUGCAUCAGAGCAGCUCGAUAAUGGUUUCCAGAUAACUGGAAAAUCCCAGUAAAUAGUUGGAAGAUGUAAGCUGCGAAGUCCCUAUCAAAGCAUGGAGGAGCAAUAAGAUGUCCCUGUCAUGGAUCCAAGAUUCAUGAAGCCCUCUCCAUCCAUGCAAUGUACAGACAGAGGCGCGAGCUGAAGCCUUGUGCCGAGAUUCGUGUUCGCACCGGGAAGCCUUUUGUAGGGUUACCGGAGGUGAUGAGCUUGUAGGAUUAGAUGUCCUGACCCGUUCUGCAGAUCUGCUAACCGCCCCGGCCAUCAUCAUCUUUUUUGUUAUGUUUAUUUUGUACGUAUAAUUCGUUUGUACCCGUGUACAGCUGUUGGCUAACUUAAACCUGCUGUGUGAUAUUUAUUCCAUUUUUUAA